AGAGCAGCGCUGCGCCCCUGAUUGACAGCCCAGCCAGCCAGUGAGAAGAGGAGGUGCUAAGUUUUCUCCAGUUUUCCAGGAGUUAAAGUGAUGUGGAUCAUGGGAUGUCGUCCUUCGCAAAGCACAGCGCCUUCCUCUUCCUCUCCCUGCGGACAGGAAACCUGGCUGGACGGUGGGGAACAAACAGGAAGAAGACCGCCAGGCUACAUCCGUCAAAGGACCUCAGCUCUUGCUGCCAUUGCCAAAGUGGACCGUUUAAGCCCCACUCGGUUGCCGCCCGGUUGAGAAAGCGCAAAAGACGGAAUGGAGAAGGGAGACCCAGAGCCCCAAGAUGAGGGGUUGCCAGAGAAGGUGCCGCCGGAUGAACAGGCAAUCCUGCGCUAUGAGGAACACAUCACGGAGUUGAUGGUCACCGUCGCCCACCUCCACGGCCAAAUCGAACAUCUGCAACAGAGGAAAAACAGGGAGGAAGAAGAGUUUUUCGACCUCUGCUCUGAAUACACGGCAAGCCUUCCACGGUGCCCAGUGCCAUUUCCGAGCAUGGCAGCAAUCCCGCCUUCUUCCUCACAUCCGGGUGAAGGCAAUCCUGAUCUCUUUCUUGCUGUGCACCAGGCGGUCACAUCCCUUGAGAAUACCGUCGUCACCCAUCGGAGCCGCAUCCCCAGCACUGAAACUAAAAUGGAGGAGCCCGUCCAUGUGGCUGAGAGUUUUGAAGAAAGUUUAAAGAAAUUCGACAGAAGUUUCAAAGAGCUGUAUCUGCAAACAGACGAUGAUCCUAUGGGGUCUGAUUUGGGGUUCCUGUCAGGAGACACAAGUAUCUAUGAGCAAGAAAUUGCCCUAUAUGAGGAGAGGAACGCAGCCCUCCGGGGAGAACUAGGAAGCCGGAACGAGGAGCUGAGCCAGUCCAAAGAGACUCUCCAUGCUUACCAGGAGGAAAGAGACAAAUUGCAGAGAAAGGUCAAGGACCUGCAAAACACCCUCUCCAGAGUGGAGACCCUCCAGAGCGGAGCUUCCAGCCCCCUCUGCGAACGGGAUCCGUGGGGAUUUCAGGGGGACUUUGGACUCAUUCGUCUGCCUGAUCCGGUGGCAAUUGUGGCCCAGAAGUUUCUCCGCUGUGUCCAAGAUGCCACCAAUGUCCUCCCCACCCCUGGCAAUUUCUCCCCAAAAGUCCUUCCACCAGCAGAGACCCACAGCAAAGACCCCCGGGGGCCUCAAAGGGACCAAUUCCACAGAUCCAUCGAGACACUCCAAGGGCUCAACCAUCUCCUCCUGGAAACUUUUCAGGAGACCAAGAGUGACACAGAGGGCAUUAGCAUGCUGCUGGACCUCAGUGAGUCCGACAACACUGCCUUGCGCUUGGCUGUGCAGUACAGUGAACGCUGUUUGGAGGCCUAUGAGGCGCUCUUUUCACUGGCUGUGGCCAAACAAGGCCCUUGCUUACAAGUCCCAGCAAAGGAUGUAGAAACGUCUGGCGCAGGAAAACCUAAUGACUUACUUGACCCUAUGAGAUCAGCCAUGAUGGAGAAAGCAUGCCAUUUUUUGCAAAGCUGUGGCACAGGUGGUGAGAUGCCUGGUGAAUGCAAAGUCCACUCCGAGCAGAGUCCCAUGCAGCCUGGUGAGAUGGCAGAAGAGGAAGACAGAAAAGUUUUGCGAGACUACAUCCAACAUCUGAGAACCGAGAAGGCCUCACUGAAGCUGCCCACCCACCGCCCGCCUCCUGGGCCAGGUUCUGUGGCAGCCGAGAUCAACUUAGGGAUUGAGGCCAGAGUGGCGGAGAUACAGAGGGCCCUGCAUGAUGCCCUUCCUUCUGAAAUGACACCAAAAAAGAUGGAGAAGGCGCAGUUGCUGCGGGAGUUGCAAGUGGCCAGGGAGGCUUUGGCUGACUUAAACACCAGGUUGGCUCUGGCAGAAAAGGAGAAACAGCAGCUGGAGCUCCAAACAUACACUUAUUGGGCUCAAGAGGCCGCUUGCCAGCUGAUGAUAAAAUUUUUGAAAGCAGAACGUGGCACGCUUUGUGGGGAGCAAUCCAUCUCCUCUGGAGAAAGCAGCAGCAGUAGUAGCAGUGACUCAGAGGAGUAUGGACCAGUCACCAGCUCCAGAAGAAUGGUACCUGGCUUAUUGCAGGCUCCCAGUGGAAAGGGAGCAGCUCCAGACCCAGAAGCACAGAGGCUGGAGCUUCGUGAUACUUUGGCUCGGAACAGAGAAUUGAAAGACCAGAUCCAUUAUCUUCUUGUUGACUUGGAGGAGCAAAGCCAAGAAAGCAGAGCCCAGGAGAUGCAAGAGAUGGAGCUCGCUCGGGAUUUUUUCAAAGCCCACAGUGCCUUGAUGCUAGCGAAACAAAAUGCCCGCAAGAAGCAAGAAGCACAGAUCUGUCAGCUGGAGAGUCAAAUGACUUUGAUGAGCCAACGUCAAACUGGGCAGCUGCGGAUCCUGAUGCAAACCGUCCAGAGGUUGGAGGGCAGAGUGGGUGGCCUAGCACAGGUCUCCCAUGUGGGUCCAGACUCUUCCUUCUGCCCCUUCCCCAAAGAGUAAAGCACCUGGAUCCAUAGGUCCCUUGGAUUGGGUGUUCACCCCAUUUCCUAAGGGCCACAAAUGGGUGAGGAGAAUGAGAGGUCUGGAAACCAAAAGCCCCUUGAGGAACAGCUUCAGGAGCUGAUUAUGUUGAGCUUGGAGAAGAGUCAAUGGAAAAGGAUGACAGUCAUCUUCAACUCCUUGAAGGGAUGUCCCAAAGAAGACAGAGAAAGGCUGGUUUCUGCUGUUCCUGAGACUAGGAUGAGAACCAGUGGAUCCAAAUUGGGAGAAAAUAUGUUCCUCCAAAACAUUAGGAAGAAUUUCUUGACACUAAACGAUGUUCAGCAGUGGACUAGACCAUCUUGGAGGAUGGAGGACUCUCUGGGCACUCAUGUCCCAGCUUUCAUCCAUAGCAAAGCUGAAGGGUAUGUGAGUCUAAUUCUUUAAAGGCUGGCAUUAUACACUGUCUAGCCAGUGUGGCAUAGUGGCUUGAGUGUUGGACUAUGACUCUGGAGACCAGGGUUCGAUUCCCAGCUCAGCCAUGAAACCCACUGGGUGACCCUUGGGCAAGUCACAUGCUCUUAGCCUCAAGGGAAGGCAAUGGCAAACCUCUGAACGAGUCAAGAAAACCCUGUGAUAGGCUCUCCUUAGGGUCGCCAUAAAUCAGAAACGACUUGAAGGCACGCAACAAAAACAUAUGGUAUCCCAGUCAGCAGUGAAACCUACAUGUGAAGGGGGGUUAUUGUUUUAACUGUGGCAUCUGCCAAUGCUGCAGAAUGCUAUAGUGCAGUUCCAUGUAGGUUUUGUGGCAAAAACAGGAAUCUCAGAGGGUAAAACCAUCUGGUUCAGAAAGGGUUAAAACCUAUUGACAAUGCAGUUCUUCUUAUCACCGCAGGAGGACGCCUUUAAACAAAGCAAGCAAAGCCAUUUAUCUCGUUUUUUCAUCUGAGAAGUGAAAAGCAAAGGGGAAGAUAUCUGAUGCCAAGGGAUGAUAUUCUUUGCUAAUUUUGUUCUAAAAUUAAGCAAUGAGGACUUUUAGUAAUUUUCCUCCAGCUGCCAUCAAGUGUUCAGGUCUUAUUCUUUGCAAACUCCGUCUGUCUCAGAGGAAAGUGAAGGCAAACCUCCUCCGAAUAAAUCUUGCCAAGGAAAGCACUGCAA